AAGCAAAAAAAAAUUCUCAUACAUGAGGGUUUCACUGCUAUUAUUUUCCCCGUUUAAUAUUUAUCGUUGGUUUGCAUAUAAGCAAUUAUCCAAAGAACAAAUAAAGUAUGCACAUUGUGUUUCCGUUUCAUGAUAAAUCGUAGAUCAAGGCCUGAUAAAUUAUACAACAGCUUCGGCAUGGAAAUUGUCUUAUUCAUAGUCUCCUUCAAACCUGCAAAUAAGUGUUCGUGUUCUUAGCUACUGCUUCUUAGUUUCAUAUAAGUAAAUUAUUGUGAGUACCUAUAGUGAAGACGACAUACCAUCCCAGCUAAAUAGCAGUGAUUGAAGUUACCUAAAUUUACUACAACUAUGUGAUGUGACAGCAUUAUUGCGGCCAAUGGAGUGAUAUUCAAAAUGACAGAUCCACUUUACAAGUCAUUACGCAGGUUCGCACUGCAUUUCCCAGUUCACUAAACGCUACCUGAACAAAAUAAAAGAAUCCUGACCGGGUUCUGUCGCCGGCACUAGAAUACGCAUCGAAGAAAGUGAAAUUAGACAGAGUCGGCGGAUAUCUCGUCCAUGCAUGUGCAUUAAAUAAUCAACGAGUGUCGUUGCAGCGAGCGUUGCAUAGGCACAGGAUGCAUUCGGGGAGGUGCAUCACUUUGAGUGCAGCGUGGAUCAUCUUCAGUGUCAUCGGAAACGUCCAGGCGCAACAGCAGUUCCCGCAACAGGAGAAUAGGAAUAAUGUGUGUCCUACCUAUAGGGACUACUUCAACAUAAGGAACAAUCCGAGGUGUUGGUACGACUUUGCUGCUGAAGAAAAAGUGCCACAAAUCAUCAAGAAAACUGGCUAUCCCUUCAUCGAAUACAAGGUGAAGACGACGGAUGGUUACAUCUUAACCGUUCACCGAAUACCCAGGGUGGGAUCCACAAAGCCCCCUAUAUUCAUGUUACAUGGGGUCCAAAGUUCAGCGGCAAUUUUCGUCAGUUUGGGAAAAAGCUCGAUGGCAUUUCUCUUGUAUGAAGCUGGCUACGACAUCUGGUUGGGGAACUAUAGAGGCAACGAAUACUCUGAAGGGCACGAGAGGUUCAACGCGUCACAGCGAGAGUUCUGGGACUAUAGCGUGGAUGACAUAGCCCUAAAAGACGUCCCGGCGAUGUUACAGCUGGUUACAUACCAUGCAGGCCACAGAGGCAAAAUCAUCUAUAUAGGACACUCACUGGGCACAACGGCUGGCAUUAUAUUUGCCUCGGAGUACCCAAAUACUGCCGCAAACACCAUUGGCCUUUUUGUAUUGCUCACACCAGCCUAUAAGUUGCAAAACAUGAGGUCGCCUUAUAGGUUUAUAUUUCCUCUUCUGUAUCCGGCACUCGAACUUUCGACCGCAUUGAAUCUGGUCCAAAUAGUUUCCAGAGGUAACGUGCGGAGUUUAACACGUCCAGUUUGUCUGUCCUCGCCGUUUUUAAUGGUGGCUUGUCUGGCGAUACUCAAUUUGUUUUUAGGACCUUUUACACAGAUUGCACCGGAGACGAUUCCAGUGUACUUUAAUCAGAUCCCAGGCGGGACAUCGUUAAAGUCUAUCAGCUACCUCACCGAGGCGACGAGAGGCCGAUUCCGGAAAUACGACUACGGCACCGGACGAAACCGUUUCCUCUACGGCAACGACACGCCACCGGACUACGAUAUCAAGAGGAUCAAGGUGCCCGUUUACGUCAUGUUUGCCAGGCACGAUUGGUCGAUAUCCAGGGAGGAUUCGAUAGCAUUCUACAGGUCUUUACCGAAAGAAGUCCGAUACGGAAUGUACGAAAUCAAGAACUUCAACUUCAACCAUUACGAUUUCCUGUUUGGAAGAAACUCCAAAACACUGGUUACUGAUAUUUUGAUAAAAGUACUCGAUAGAUAUGUAGCGCAACAGAAUAACACAAGAAACUCCUCGUGAUAUGUGAUACCAAUAAUUUAUUUUUUAUAUUGAUAAAUUGAUAUACAUAAAUAUAAUUUUUUUAUUUAAUAUA